AGCAAGUAAAAGUAUCGAUAUGUGCCGGUCCACCGACAACUGUAUUAUCGAUUUCGGCCGUGCGGUUGGAUUUCGUGUUUUGCAUUUCAAAGGGCAAACUUGCACAAUAAUUUGAUUUAAUUGCAACCAAAAAGCUUUAAAAAGAUAAUGGCUGCUCAGUUCUUCAAUCGCAUUGGCCAAAUGGGCCUUGGAGUGGCCGUAUUGGGUGGCGUUGUCAAUUCGGCAUUAUAUAAUGUGGAGGGAGGCCAUCGGGCGGUCAUCUUCGAUCGCUUCACCGGCAUCAAGGAGAACGUGGUCGGCGAGGGCACCCACUUCUUCAUCCCAUGGGUGCAGCGGCCCAUCAUUUUCGACAUCCGGUCCCAGCCCCGCAAUGUUCCUGUGAUCACGGGCAGCAAGGAUCUGCAGAAUGUCAACAUUACGCUUCGCAUCCUGUACCGCCCCAUUCCCGACCAGCUGCCCAAGAUCUACACCAUUCUGGGCCAGGACUACGACGAGCGUGUCCUGCCCUCCAUCGCGCCUGAGGUGCUGAAGGCUGUGGUCGCCCAGUUCGACGCCGGCGAGCUGAUCACCCAGCGUGAGAUGGUGUCGCAACGCGUUUCCCAGGAACUGACUGUCCGUGCCAAGCAGUUCGGCUUCAUCCUGGACGACAUCUCACUCACGCACUUGACCUUUGGUCGGGAGUUCACGCUGGCCGUCGAGAUGAAGCAGGUGGCACAGCAGGAGGCCGAGAAGGCGCGUUUUGUGGUGGAGAAGGCCGAGCAGCAGAAGCUGGCCUCCAUCAUUUCGGCGGAGGGUGAUGCCGAAGCCGCCGGCCUGUUGGCCAAGUCUUUCGGCGAGGCCGGAGACGGUCUGGUGGAGCUGCGACGUAUUGAGGCCGCGGAGGAUAUCGCCUACCAGCUAUCCCGCUCCCGUGGAGUCGCCUACUUGCCCAGCGGACAGAGCACGCUGCUCAAUCUGCCAUCCACAAUCGCGCAGUAGCUGGGUCCAUCUAGUACCGUUAAGUUGUAACUACCUAUAGCAUUUACUAAGUACUUUUCGAUUUUGUUUCUGCUGAAAUAUGCACUACUCUAAAGCGUUCGCCCGACUGACUGGAGAAUACUUAGCGAAACAACCAAAAUUUGUCUCAUGUAAUCGGUUUUUCCAUUAUCUUCCCGAUCGGAAUCGAAACCCGGUCACAGUGUGCGCUCCGAAUGCGGCUCAACUUUUGUUGUUUCCGUUUGAGUCCUUCGUGUGCGCGUACUGCUGAAUUGGUGCUUAAGAUCGGCACCUGGAUAAAACAACUCAAUUCAAAGAAACACAGACCAUAAGAAAAUUUCAUUAUGUGAACAAACAAUAAAUGAUAAUCCUUA